AUGCGUUUCACCUCCCUCCUAGUCGCUGCUACCGCGACAUUCACCCAGUGUCUCGCUGCGAGCUAUGGAAGCCAGGGUGAAGUUCCUGCUAUUCGCACGUACUUCAUGGUCGGCGGAGGUUAUGUAGAUGAUGGUGCGGGCGGAGAGAUCUUCCGCGAUCAGAUGUACGUGGAGAGACUGGUCCCUACCAAGGGACCUUACAAGUCCACGCCUCUCGUAUUCAUCCACGGACAGGCCCAAACAGGAACCAAUUUCCUAAAUAAGCCAGACGGAGGCCGUGGUUGGGCGAGCCAGUUCAUCAACCAGGGCUACGAAGUUUAUAUCGUCGAUCAGACCUUCCGAGGACGAUCGGCAUGGGCGCCCCUCGCUGGUGCUACCAAGCCCUCCACAUACUCGGCAGAGAUCAUCGAGCAGCGCUUCACUGCCGUGCAGGAGUUCAAUCUCUGGCCCCAGGCUGAGAAGCACACCCAGUGGCCUGGUACCGGCAAGCGAGGAGACCCUGUCUUUGACGCCUUCUAUGCUUCCAACGUCCAGUUCAUCAACAACGCCACCUACCAGCAGGAGACCGUCCAGGCUGCCGGUGCUGCCCUUCUUGACAAGAUUGGCAAGCCUGUUAUCCUCCUUGGUCACAGUCAAGGUGGUAUGAUGCCCAUUCUUGUCGCUGAUGCCCGCCCCAAGCUCACUAAGGGUCUCAUCCUUCUUGAGCCCUCUGGUCCCCCCUUCCGAGACGCCGUCUUCAGCACCAAGGCCUCUCGCGCCUACGGUCUGACUGACAUUCCCCUCGUCUACAGCCCUGCCGUCACAGACCCGUCCACCGAUCUUGUGCAAGAGGUCCAGCCCAGCCGUGGCGAGGACUUCGUCGAGUGUAUCCUCCAAGCCAAGAAGCCUGCCCCUCGCCGUCUCGUCAACCUUGCCAAGAAGCCUAUCCUCCUCCUCACUUCUGAGGCUUCCUAUCACAUGCCCUACGACUACUGCAUUGCUCGCUACCUCAAGCAGGCUGGCUGCUCCAAGACCAAGCACAUUGAGCUCGGUGAGGUUGGCAUCCACGGUAAUGGACAUAUGAUGUUUAUGGAGAAGAACAGUGAUCAGAUCCAGGCUCUUGUUGAGCGCUGGGUGCGAUCAACAUAA